UACGACACCGAUCACUUUCAAACGACAUAGUCCCAAAUGCGUCGUUCACAAAUUACACAUAAGCAGGAAGAAAACGCAAACCUUUUUCCCUCUUAAAACCCCGAAAUUGAUCAUUUGAAGGAAUUUUCCCCCUUUUUCGACCCUAGAUCUUCAGUUUUCUAAGAAAUAGUUGGAAAAAUGGAGGAUAUAUUUAUUGCAAUUCUGUCGAUGCUUCUGGUGUUUGCUUUAGUACCGCUGUAUCUAUGGAAACGCCGACUUGAUUCUCGGUCUCCUGAUCAACCUCGAGAGGAGGAGGAACCUCAGGUUAGGCAAAGGGAAACAGUAGUGAGGGGUAGUGGAGCUCGGCGGAUGCGGCGAAGACCUGCUGCUUCUGGUGCCAGCUCAUCGUCAGCCGGAGCUACUGUAGAAGAAGCUGUUGAUGAAAGUGAUGAAGAAGCUGAUGGAAAUGAAUACUAUCCUGCUAAAGUGUCGAAGAAAAAGGAAAAGAAGCGGCAGGAAAGAGAAGCACAGAGACAGGCUGACGAGGCUGCACGUGAGUCAAGACGGACCAAACAAGAUCAUUACGAAGAAAUGAGGAGGAGGAAGGAUGAGGAACGAGAAGCGCAAGAGCUUAAGCUGGAAGAAGAAGCCAGAGCUCGCAAAGCCAAGGAGGAAGAAGCUGCUGCAUUAGAAUUCGAAAAAUGGAAAGGGGAAUUCUCAGUUGAUGCAGAAGGUACUACAGCAAAUGAAGUCCAAGAUGGAGGCCAAGACCUACUCUCUGGUUUUGUGGAUUACAUCAAGAAUCAUAAAUGCAUUCCAUUGGAAGAUCUUGCCGCAGAGUUCAAAUUACGGACCCAGGACUGUAUUAACCGGAUCACCUCGCUAGAAGAUAUGGGGAGACUAUCUGGAGUCAUGGAUGAUAGAGGCAAAUACAUAUAUAUCUCGCAAGAAGAGAUGAAUGCUGUAGCUGAAUACAUCAAGCGCGAGGGUAGGGUCGGCAUAUCCCACUUAGCUAGCAAGUCCAACCAGUUCAUAGAUUUGGAACCAAAAUCCCAGUUUGUGGAUGACAUCAGCAGUGUAGAAGAGAUAGCUGUUGCUUGAUACUUCCAUGCCCUCUAUAGAUGUGAGGAAAUAGUUAAAUUUCUUCACUUUGUGGAUAGCUCUCUAAUCUAUCAGUCCCUUUUUCCCCUAAUUCUCUUGUUUGAUGUACCCUAUACGGUAAAAGAAAAGGAGAAUUGCCUUAUUUUUGUUUCAGGUACACUUCUUGAAUUUAAGAUACUUGGUUGAGAUGGAAAAA